AUGACUUGGCCAAUUGAUGGAAAUGAUGAUUCAAGAAACUCAGCUCAAAGUGACCUAGAGAAGAACUCGGUGCAUCAACUGGCAUCAAGUUUCAGAAAAAUGUGUGUGUCUAAGUCACAAGUUGUCUUGGAUGAGGAAUUCGAAGAUCCUAACCAGAUGAAGAUUCGAUGUCCCUGUGGAAGCUCAUCACAAACUGAACCAAUAAUUCAGUGUGAAGAUAGAAGAUGCCGCGCAUGGCAACAUGUAGAUUGUGUCAUUAUUCCAGAAAAGCCUGUCGAGGGAGUUGCUCAGCAAAAUACUCCUGAAACUUUUUAUUGUGAAUUGUGCAGAUUGAGUUGUGCAGACCCAUUCUGGGAGAUGAUUGAUAACCCUUUAUAUCCUGUGAAGUUUGGUUUUACUAGUGCUCCAGCAGAUGGCAUAAACAUUGAACAGAGGAUUGAAAAAACAUUCCAACUCGGUAGAGCCAGCAGAUACCUAUUGGCAAAACAGGAAUAUGAUCUUCAGGCUUGGUGCAUGCUUCUGAAUGACAAGGUACAAUUUAGGAUGCAAUGGCCUCAGAAUGUUGAUUUGCAGGUCAACGGAGUUCCAGUGAAUUGCAUAGAUAGAAGUGGCUCACAAUUGUUGGGUGCAAAUGGCCGCGAUGAUGGUGCAAUAAUCACACGUUGCUUCAGAGAUGGAAUUAACAAAAUAUCAUUAACCGGAUGUGAUGAUCGUGCAUUUUGCGUAGGGGUUAGACUUGUAGAGCGACGUACAAUCCAACAGGUUCUAAACAUGAUCCCUAAGGAGGCUGAUGGUGAGAUAUAUGAAGAUGCUCUUGCUCGCAUUUGUCGUUGCAUUGGUGGUCGUACAACAACUGAAAAUGCUGACAAUGACUGUGACCUUGAAGCUGUCGUUGCUGAUUUUGUUCCUGUCAAUCUUCGAUGCCCACUGAGUGGUUCAAGAAUCAAAAUUGCUGGAAGAUUCAAACCUUGUUUACAUAUGGGCUGCUUUGAUCUUCAAGUAUUUAUUGAAAUGAAUCAAAAGUCUAGGAAGUGGCAAUGCCCCAUCUGUCUCAACAACUACUCUCUGGAGCAUCUCAUUAUUGAUCCUUAUUUCAAUUGGGUCACUUCUCAGAUGCAAACUUGUGGAGAAUUGGUGACAGAAAUAGAAGUGAAACCUGAUGGUUCUUGGCGUGCAAAGGCAGAAGGGGAUCUCAGACAGUGGCACUUACCUCAUUGAAUCUCAGGAUAUAUAUAGAGUGUAAACCCAAGCUUGGACUUCUUUAAAAUACAUA